CGUACAUGAACUAUACAUCGUACGCGUUCCACGCGAGCGUACGUACGUAAUCGACGCCACGAGCCGUGCGAGGUUAUUUAAAAAUGGCGGACGCGUCGUCUUCCGACACUACCUCAGACUGCUGCAAUGAGUGUUUCUCUGACAUUACGUCGGAAAAGUCGGAGUACGUCGUGGUGGGACGCAAGCCGUGCCCGUCGCACCGCCGCAGCAAGCGGAACCUCCUGCAGAAGCUGCUGAUCAGGGAGAUGAGAGGAUGUCUGUCAGCGCACAAUUAUGCGUCAGAGGAAAGAUUGUUUACGAUUGUACCUAAGUGGCGACAUUUCCAUCUCCUCCACAUAAUCCCAAAGUCUGCACUCGAGGCAGGACACAUUGUUAUGGGAUUAACACAAUGUGGCCAGUUCCUGCUCACAUAUACAUAUACGCUGGAGGUCAGCAGCAAUACGUCUUUGUACAAAUACCUGUUGCAUUGGUGGGCCUUUACGCCUAACCGUGCCGCUCGCAAAGUCGCCGAAGUUACGUUAUUUGGCAAUUAUACAAUUUAUAGAGAAUUAAACAUAGUUAUAUCACAAUGGCCGAUGGAGCGGAAUAAACUUGUAAUUCACGGCCUCUGUACAAAUUUCUUACAUUUACAACCGACUGAUAGAGCGUAUUUAACUAUAACGACAGUACCAUCUCUUGAGAAUUGCAAGGAUUGCCUGAAAGUCGCUGCGUCAUAUGAGGAAGAGGGAGAAGAGUUAGCUGCGAAUUGGGAUGGUUGUGUUCGAUGUAAUUGCUUGCAACAUGGCCUUACGGUUCAUACAACUUACGAAGUCAUCUCACCGUACCCAAAGUUCAGAGCUACAGUGUGUCUGAAUUAUUGGAAUCACGUGGUGGUCAACACAGGAAACUUUUUGCACGUUCUCAGGGUAGAUUUAAAUAUACCUAAAUCGAAAAAUCAGCGAACAUGCGAUAAGCAAGAUAGCGUCGCACACGAUUCCGUAGUUCCGGACACGAUCCCGCUGGAUAUGAGCGAUGUCGAGGAGACGGAUUACUCGACAAGGACAGAACGAUACGAGAGUUCAGACGAGAAAGUGAGCACGCCGGACUGCGUUGAUCGAUCUCCCAAAUGCGAGUCCAGCCUAGAGCACGACUUUCUAGAGGAGCCAACUAAGUUAGAUGAUAAGUUAGGACACGAUUUGCCAUUAAAUACCUCAAGCAGUAAUCAAAGCGAUUAUGUCUGUGAUAUAAAUAGUAAGUCUACCACUGCAAGCGCUUUAAAUGUUAAGUCGUGCGAAUGCUCGGACAUGGCUGAAUGCAAAUGCCGGAAUAACAGCGACAGUCCCGUGUCGCGACCGGCUGGUAUCGAACAGACGGCUAUCUCGGUGCGCGACAAGAUUCUACAGGAUUUCUGCGAAGAUACGUCGCAAGAGCUCAAUAUCGGCAGCGAUCUGAUCACGCUGGUGAAACAUCCGUCGUGUUCACCACGCUCGACACCGCAGAGACUGCCCGCCGAUUUCAGGGCGAUGACUACGUGGUCGUCAUUGAUACUCACUCCACCAUCGGAUAUUCUGCGCACUCGCAAUUCGGAAUCUAGUCACAGAAUCCAGGUCCAACGCAAUAGCGGUAGUAGCCAGCAGCGUUCGAGCUCGCCGCAACCUGGUGCUUCGCAACAAGACAACUCCGUGGCUUCCAUUAACUCGCCAUUGCAAUCCGUAUCGAUUAGUCCCUCGUCUUCAUAUUCGUCUCGCUUGAUGUCACCGCCCAUCGCCAGAUCUUUCCGCUAUCCGAGUCCACGCAAGAGAUCGAAUCUGCACUCACCUCCGCCCAUCCCGGCUCAGUCGACGAGAACAACGAGAGCGACGCAUAAACUCAUCCUCGAAGCGGAGAAAGCAUACGAGUUUACCGAUGAGGCGCAAGAAACGACUUGCGAGAAACUCAGUUCAUUCCGAAAACGCCGACUCGCCGACAAGAAGUACGAGUUUUGCGACGAGACGGAGGACGCAGAAAACAUAGUUCCUUUCAAGCACAUACGCGAUCAGUUCAGACAUCGCGGUACUUGUUCGAUACAUCAGAUUCCCUCCUCGCCAGUAAUGUCGCCGGUUUUGCCGAAUGGACGAAGACACUGGGUCGAUUCAGAUCAAAGCGAAACGGACGAAUUGAAUCUUGCUCAAGAUAUUAGCGUAGCCAACGACUUGUCAGAAUCAGCUGAGAAAAAUGUACUGCGACCGUUGAAUCAGAAUCAGUUGUCCAAUGGAAGUGUGCACAGAGAUCGUGUUGGCAAGUGCUGCCCGAAUUUCUCGCCGUUGGUUCCUAGAAAUAACUUGCAAUAUCCUUUAAUAAAGUGCACCGCACGAUUCAAACGGAGUUACAUAGAGCUCGACGAUGAGAUGAUCUCAGUGAUCACAGACGUGGAAGAUGAAGAAACAGGAGGAUAUGUGAGUUACCAAUGCGUACUUCCGAUGCUCGUGCACGGCUCUGGAUAUGUUCAAAUGCAGAUGAUUAGUAAUAGUAAAGCAGAAAAGCUGAUAGUGCCGUGCGUUUCUAUAACACAAUUGAGUUUCGAUAUCGAGACUUUUUCUCACCAUAUAGCAGACUGGAUCUGCACGAGAUUCAAGAAAAAGUAUUGGCACUGCAGCGACUAUGAUAUCGAAAUUAUCGACGUGUGCGCGCUUAGCGGCGACAUUAUAUGUUUGCACAUAAUGAAAAUCCAAGCAAGUGAGUUAUGUAGCCAAACGCAAUGUUCGCAGGAGAGAAAGCAAUACGAGGUCGGAUGUAAAUUCACAUGGAAUAUUGAUACGAGCCAGUAUAGAAUAACGGACGUUUUACCAAUGGAGGAGGUAAAGCCGGAAUCUUGGAAACCAACCAUUACAAACAUUCCGAAUUUUCGUAGUCAAUUAUGGAAUCCAACCCGUCGUUUGGCUACGCAAUUACGAGAAAAGAUUCAACAACCAUACGCGCAUACCGUACGUUUUCUUCAUAACGAGAUGAGUCUGGCAGGAGAGUCUAUAACUAAGCUCAUCGACCUGGACAAUCUGGUACAGUUUUACAUAACGCCGAUGGAGUGUUACGUGGAACGUACAAAUGACGCCUUAAUGGAGUGAAAAAAAUGCAGGAGCCAUUGCGCUUCAUUGCAAACAAUAAUUUAUUUUAUCGAUACAAACUUCGCCAUUUUUGCCAACUCGCCGAGCCAUGGCAUAAUGUAUAGAAAUGUACUCCGCAUUGUAAAGGAUUGUUAGCAAAGUAUCUUCCUUUUCGAGCAUAAAUAAUGAAUACGCUGUCAGAGGAAUGUAUAAGCCAUAUAGGAUUCUCGCUACGCCUUUUUUUCACAUUGUUAAGCAGAAUCGAUUCAAUGCGGCGCAAUUUGUUCAUAACUUAGAGGCAUAUAGAUUAAAGGUACUAAUUAACGAUACAACGAAACUCCCGCAAGCGUUUGCUCCGAUUUGUAAAAUUUACCAGUGCUGUAUACUAUACAUUGACGCUAUCUACGCUAUCAUGGUAACUACUGUACUUUGGUAAUUAGUAGAUAUAGGUGACUAAACUGAUUGUCAAUAAAUGUAUUGUAAUGUGAUUCAAAAUAAGUGAGAGAGAGAAAAGAGAAUGGUAAUAACUGCCUCGAUAUACUUGGUCCCCAAAAUUAAUUAACGAUCUAAAUCUCUAACAAAAAAGAAGAAACAUUGGAAAAUUUUUCUUGUAUACGUCGAAACUUGUCCUGCAUGCAUGUAGGACUAAAUGCGUUAUACUUAAUUUUUUACAUUAUCACAAGAUUAUUGUAUCAUAAGGCGAAUUUUCCAAAUAGAAUUUUGAUAACAGUUAUUAUAUGUACAUUAAAUAUGCCCGCGACUUUUGUGGUCAUUAAAUACGUCCAUUGCGGUUCGCAAAUACUGUUAUAAUUAAAUAAUUUUUAUGUUGAGAUUUCGAGAGAACGAAUUACUUUCAAAGCAAUAAUAUCGAAGCCGACGAUAAAUCGUUUUUUUAGAUCGUAAUAAACUUUGUGUCAUUAUUU